AUGGCCAUAUACGAGUCCUGCAUGGGCAACCGAUCACAGUACGGCUCGAACUUGGACAUCUUCUGGAAGUUCCUCAACGAAUGUAGACUGUCCUGGCCAGAGAAACCCACGCCAAGUGACACCAGCGCCCUCGACGUACUGAUGACGCUAGCGUUCAAGUGGCAUGUCCCGUUAUUCCUCCAAGUGCGCGCUAUGCGCUUGUCCUCUCCGAAUUGGCGUUUCAUAUUAGAGCCCAGUUCCCUCAUACCAAUUUUGUAUAAGCAGCAUCUCACAGUCAAAAGCACCGGCGGAUACGCGAAAUACUGGGCCACGUUUUUCUACAUCCUUAACCGAAACUACACUAAGUAUGGGGUCGACACGAAGUUUAUCAACAGGACUAUGGUUAUGGAAGGUGACGUCUUCAGAAAACUGCUGAACGCAAGUCGUCUUCAGGUAAUCGAACCAGCUCUGGUGCGAAUCGCUCGAAUAGGACUUCUCACUCCGCCGCUGGCAUCCAAGCUAUGGCUACGUGCCUUCAGGAAGACCGAGCUUGAGCCUGAAGUGAAGCCCAAUGACCAGGUUUUCAUAGGCGACGUAGAGUUCUUCCGGACUAUGGCUAGCGUGAUGUCUUCGUACAGAAGAACCGAGCUGCUGUCCCUGAUCGCCUGGUCUUGCGUGCAGCUGUUUGCUCCGGCAGCGGAUAUCCAGCUGCUUGAGAAUCGGUACGACCAGGGCAUCACCACAUAUCGGCCGUACUUCUGCGAGCGAUUCGUCGAGGCCGCCUAUCGGCUCCUGGUGAUUGCGCUCAGCUCCGUGUCGCGCUUCACGCCAGCACAGCGCGCCGCCGUCAAAGCAGGCUUCGAUAACUUGGUGUCGGCGGCUGCUGACGCGGCCAACGCAACGCAAUGGCUGGACGUUGAGAGCCGGAAGCUCGCGGUCGAGAAGCUGCGUUCGUCGCGACUAAAGCUGUGGCCCCCCGACCGCUUCCUCGAAAACUACGUGCUCGAGCGCAUGCACAGCGAUUAUCCCAGCACUGAACUUUCGUUUGCCGAGUACUGGGUGAAGACGAGCCGCUGCGCUGCUAAGAUGCAUGGCUCGCACGCUGACAUCGACGUCUUCAGCUUCGCGGUCAACUACGCCCUGCCGUACGUGCUCUAUGAUGCCUCAAGCGGCGACGUCAAGGUGGCCCUGGGCGCCAUUACUCCGCCCUUGUACUACCCUGGCGGGACCGAGGCCAUGUUCUACGGGGGUCUGGGCUUUUCAAUGGCACUCAAUCUGGUCGCGUCCGUAGACAGACAGGGACUGCGGUGGCACCCGAACGGCACAUUCGGCCACUUCUUCUUGUCCAGCCACCUGCAGCUCUUCCGCGAAGGCCUUCGAGGAGAGAGACAGCUGCCUAGGGGCGCUGGACGGCCUCGCCCCCAGUGGCGGAGACAACACCCACAGCAUAACCGGCGCGAGGGCCAGCAUCUUUCCCGAGAUCCCCGCUCUCGAGGUUGCCUACGCGGCGUACCGCCGCGCAGUCAGCGACAGGGGAGACGAAGCUCUUCAGGGAAUCGUGGGGGGCUUUUCGGGAGACCAGGUGUUCUUCACGACGCUAUGCUACAUGACUUGCACGCGACCCGAUGCCGUGGGUCCGCACACAGUGGACUGCAACAAGGCGGUGCGCAGUUCGGAGGCCUUCGCCCGGGCAUUUCAUUGCCCGCCGGAGUCUCAGAUGAACCCCGAGAUGAAGUGCAAAUUCUUUGGGUGAGAGCCGGGCACUUCCGAUGGACUGCGAUACGGUGUUCACGUGACAUCGAACGACACACCUUCAUAUGGCGUGUACAUAUACAGUUUUCUGCGCAACAUCGAAAGCGAUGUCGUCGCCAGCCAUGUACUACAUACGUACUGCAUUAUUUCGUGUCUGGACUGACGUGAAACAUCACGGGCUCUCUCUCUCUCACUGAGCAUUUAAAAGUAAAUACCUAUGAUAUAUUCGU